AUGCCGAAGAAAGUGAAAGUAUCACCCAGUGGCUCCGACAUCGCGUUCCCGUCGACUCUCCAAGACGGUGGGCCCCUGCCCAAGCUCGUGGCCUUUGACCUGGACUACACCCUCUGGCCAUUCUGGGUAGACACGCAUGUCACUCCCCCCCUCAAAGCGAUGGGAUUCUACAACGCUGUCCAAGACCGUUACAAGGACAGCUGGAGCUUCUAUCCCGAUAUCCCAGCGCUCCUUUACCAGCUGCGUAAGAAAGGAAUCAAGAUCGCGGCCGCGUCUCGCACCCACGCACCGGAUCUCGCGCGCGAGAUGUUAUCACUCCUGCAUCUCGACCCCGCUCAUACCGGCGGAGAGAAGACGCGGGCGAUAGAGUAUUUCGACGAGUUUGAGAUUUAUCCCGGGAGCAAGGUGAAGCAUUUUAAGAGUUUGCACGGGAAGACGGGACUGGCGUAUGAGGAAAUGCUGUUCUUUGACGAUGAGAGUAGGAAUAGGGAGGUCGACAGAGAGUUGGGCGUCUUGAUGGUCCUGGUGCCAAAGGGGGUUAGUCAUAGUGUCUUUGAUCGGGGAGUGUUGGCGUGGAGAAAGCAUGGAAAAGAGGAUUGA